UAUACGUACUGAUGGACUAGGACAAGCAAAUAUUACAGCGUCCAUUUGAAGCAUAUGGACGGUCCACAAUCUGCCUCUCAAGGACUAAUUUCAUGGCGGUCGAGGAGACCAUCCCCAGAGAUCUAGAGCGAUCCGAAAUCCACCCAGGUAGUGCCGCGGAAGAGGAAAGCGAAGACGAGCCCGAUCCAUGGGACGGACUUACUUACCGCGAAACCUUCGAAAUCUUCUGGCCCGCCCUAUGGCGCGCCAUCCUUUUGGGGCUGCCUCCUGUUCUUGUGUUCGUUCUCUGCAUCCUGACAUCCGGGUAUACGCCGUACCGGAAUCCUGCGCAGUCGAUCACGUAUCCCAUAUGGAGCACUCUGCAGUAUGCCAGCUUCACGAUGGUGAUCGUCUUAGUCGGAUGGGCCGUCAUCUAUAGGGCGAUCAUCGCAGGAUGUAGGCGGUGCUGGCCCGGGGCGACGCAGCGGUUCUUCGAGCGGAUGGAGAGGAGCCCGGGAAUGGAAGUGGUGGAAUUGGCGGGCCGGAAAAGGAAGGAGAGGAGGCGAAAGGAGGAGGAGAGGAGGCGAAAGGAGGAGGAGAGGAGGGAGAUAUCGGGGAAUGUUACUGAGAAGACGCCAUUGCUACGAAAAAGCCCUGAAAUCCAAAAAGCUGAGAGUUCGUGAAGGGUAUGGAUGGGGAGGAUUGGAUCGGUCCGUCCCCAUGAGGAUAUUCGGGACUUGGUCUAGAUAUGGAUUUCACGAUGUUUAUGCACUAUGACUCCCUUGUUAGUAGGACAAU